AACCGUUGAAGCGCGUAGUCGUUGGUUCGUAGUCGCGGAGUCGAGUUCAGGCGUCCAGUGCAGUCAGUCAGUCAGUAUUGUCGAGCGUAAUUGGUUGAGCGAUUUUUGCUUGCUUUCCGGUGUGUUUCCUAACCCCCUCGUUUGUACGAAAAGUCUUGCCCCGUGUUAGCCCGAUAUCGAGCGGUGAAACAGGAGCGCGCACUUGUGUAGAUAGAUAGAUAGAAGUGGCGACAGAGCUUGCGGUGCCAAGUCGUGCUACAAUCUGUCCAAAGAGACCCCAAGGGAAUCGAAAUCCUAGCCUGGCUAGCCGUUUCGUGACACGCAACUUCGUUUUCGUGCAACACAGUGUGUAGUUCCGAUUGGUGUAAUCACUUACGGUUGUUCUACGGAAGCUACAGAAGCGGACGACGUAAUCGGAUCAGCUCGUCACAGCAGUGGGAUAGUACACAGUACACAGAGCAUUUUGGGAUUAAAUUUGGAACGUGAGAGAGCCCACAUAGUGUGAUCUGUUGUGCGGUGUCUUGAAGCGCCAGUGUGUCGUAGACGUCGAGAUCUCGAGAAAUCGAUCAUCUCGCUUUGGAAACUUACCGAGUCGGAACGAAACCUCCACGAGCGGAUCAACCAGCUGUGUCUGCUGCUACCGCUCACACACAUCGAAAAUCAUAACCCAAAAGGCGUUAAUCUGUACCGUUUAUCUCCAGUGACUAAGUCGCGAUCGUGAUCGAGAUAUCUGCUAACACCCCAAAAAAAGACACUCAAAUUCGAUAUUUCGCGAUCAGCUGCAGCUGCGACCUUCGUGUGAGUACCGUGAUCGUGUUGCGCGACAAUUCCCGAUCGUGCGUCCGUAUUCGGGUGCGUAUUUGGGCCAAUCGCGAUCGUGUGUGAUAACAAUAGAUUGCGCCGUUUCGCGGGCAGAGUUUCGCACGGAAUUUAGUUCAGCCGGAAGAAGAAGCCGCGAAAAAGGAGUUUUUCUGCACAUUACCACAAAUAAAGUUGUGUGUGUGUGUGUUUGCUAGAGGAAAAAUAAAUUUGCAAUUAGUAACCGACCGACCGCCGCUAGCACACACGUACGCGUGUGGUUUCUCGAUCGCCGUCGUCGUCGUCGCCGAGUGUGAGUUAGGGAAAGAGAGGUGAAGAAGAAGAUCGAAGAAGAAAGCAGCGGAAAGAUAAAUCGGGCACACACGGUGAGAGAAGGAGAAAAGUGAAGAAGGGUUUCGAGGUGGAGGAGUGAGAGCGUAGUCUUCGAAAGGCGAAAAGUGGAAGAUACAAGUAAUCACCACUACAGCAAACAAGCAACAACUACGACAACCGAAGAAGUUGAAAAAAAUAACGUCAACGACGACGCAGCCGAUCGUCGUUUUUGUUUUCUUUUUCCUGUGGACCGCUUCGACGGAAAUUUGUUUUCAUGAUAUCUGCUUGGAUAAAUCCCUAUAAUGAGAAGUGCGGAACUUUGAAAGUUCCUGACUCGUACAACACGAGGAUCAUGGACGGCUAUCAUGUGCAAAGUCAGCAGCAGCAGCAGCAGCAGCAGGACUCCAGCUACCAGCAUCAACACAACGGCUCCUACCAGCAGCAGCAACAACCGCCGCAGCAGCAUCACUUGCAGCCACAUCAACAAUACCACAGCAACAAGCAGCAGUUUCAUCACCAACACAAGCAGCAGCACCACCACAACAGCAAAGUGACGUACACGACGCAUAGCUACGCUCAAUCGGAUGCCGGGUUUGUGUCGCCGCCGCCGUCGCCACGCUCCAACAGCUCACUAGCGAGUUGCUCAUCGUCGUCGUACUCUUCCGGCUCUUCGUCGUCUUCGUCGGCCGUUUCGUCGGCGGCUUCGACCUCUUCGGGGCUUUCGUCGGCCGGGUCGGAGAAUGGAUCGUCGUACGAGAAUUUGGACAAUUCGGCGCAGCGGUUGGCGGUGCUGUCGUUCGAGCAGGUCCGCAAGCUGGACGAGGUGAUGAACGAGCCGGUGGCGAUCCACGGGAGGGGAAACUUUCCGACGCUGGAGGUUCGGUUGAGGGAUUUGGUUAACAUUGUGCGGGAGAAGCUGGAGGCGGACAUUGGGUCGGGUGGGGCCGGGAUGAUCGUGAAGGACAUCCGGUUGAACGGUGGGGCUGCUAGUCACGUGCUGGCGUUGGAGGCGCAGCCGUACAACGAUUUGGAUUUGAUUUUUGCGGUGGAGUUUAGCUCGAACCGUCACUUUGACCGGGUCAAGUCGGCGGUGUUGUCGUCGCUGUUGGAUCUGCUGCCGGAGGGUGUGGUGAGGCGGCGGAUAACGCAGUGCUCGCUGAAGGAGGCGUACGUUGGCAAGAUGGUCAAGGUGAACAAUAAUAAUGAUGGCGAUCGUUGGAGUCUGAUCUCGCUGGGUAAUUCACCAGGGCACAAGAACGUCGAGCUGAAGUUUGUCGACACGAUGCGUCGGCAGUUUGAGUUCAGCGUGGAUUCGUUCCAGAUUAUGCUCGACUCGCUACUGCUGUUCUGGGACUGCACCGAAAAGCCGAUGAUAACGGAGAACUUUUACCCGACCGUGGUGGGUGAGUCGGUUUACGGGGAUUUCCAGGAAGCGCUGUACCAUCUGCAGAAGAAACUGAUCUCGACGCGGCAACCGGAGGAGAUCCGUGGCGGUGGACUGCUCAAGUAUUGCAACUUGAUGGUGAGGAACUACGCUCCCGUUGACCAGCAGCGGAUAAAAACCCUGGAGCGUUACAUGUGCUCGCGGUUCUUCAUCGACUUCCCGGACAUUGAGCAGCAGCGGAUCAAGCUCGAGAGCUACCUGAGGAACCACUUCUGGGGCGAGGUCGAGGAACAUCUGCAGUACCAGUACCUGAUGCAUUUAUACGAUGUCGUCGAGCAGAGUACGGUCUGUCUGAUGGGCCACGAGCGCCGCCAGACGCUGAUGCUGAUCGAAACGCUCGCCAUGCAGGUCCUGUACCGUGAACAGCAACAGAACGGUGCCGCCACGAUCAUCACGACCACGAGCGCGAUGCCCCACCACCACCAGCAGCACCAGCAUCAUCAGCAGCAGCAGCACACCACCACCACUCUGCACCAACUCCAGCCGCUCCAAACUCAGCUCUCCCAGCUCAGCUUACAACCUCAGCCACACUCACCAGUGCAGCAAACCGUAAUCCACCACCACCACACGCUCAGCAAGCCUCCCCCCCAGACGCAAACCCUCCAGCUGCAACACCCCACCCACACCCUCACCCCCAGCAACACCCCCCAGCAGCAUCCCCAACAACCCCAGCAAACCCACAUCUCCCUGGCACCGCAACCGGCCGGCCUGCUGUACGCGAACGGAAUCUACUACGCGCCGAUCGUCCCAACCACGCUCUGCACCUGCAACACGACGUGGCUCACGACGUGAUCAGCUGACGGCAUCAACACCAACGCCGUCACCACCACCCUGCUAGUUGGAUCGAUCGACGACCAAGCUGCCGCCGCGGAAGAAGCAAACAGUCGUUUUACAAACAUUUUAGUGUCGAAUAGAUGAGAUCGCUAGGACAAGUCUCCUUCCUUCUGCCUUCCCCUCUGCCACCACCCUCGGUACCUGUUGUGAGAUGUGUGUCGCCCGGAAGGUAACCCCCCCACUCAAAAAGUACAAUCUGCACAGCGAAAUUUAGGACCCCGCCCUCUCACUCUUGCCAAAGAAUCUUUAUGAGUUGGAUAAAUAUGACCAAAUUUCAACCCAGCAA